GUCACCGCUCUGAGGACAGCAGAACAUCCCCCACUGGAGCCCAUUGCACGCCGGAGCCUCCGCGGCACAGCAUCCCCACCCCGUGCGUGGGCUCAGCGAAGGGAACGGAGCACAGGACCUCUCUUCAGAAAAAAAGGGAGGAAAUCUUGGUCAAGAGGCUUGGCCACACUAUCCAGCUCUGUCCAUGGCUCCUCUGGAGCUUGCUGGUGGUGGGGACACACAGGACACCCUGCUGGAGCUGCCCUAUGAUGGCUUUUCCUACUGAGUCGCUGUGCCCACGUCUGGGCUCACACUGCAGGAAGCAUGGGGUGGCCGUGCUGCAGCAUCAUACCCCUCCUCGUGUGGUGCUUUGCCAUCUUCCAGGCAGCUGCCCGGGAGCAGAAGCAGCCCCACGGCUUUGCUGAGGACCGUCUCUUCAAGCAUCUCUUCACAGGCUACAACCGGUGGUCACGGCCAGUGCCCAACACCUCUGAUGUGGUCAUAGUGAAGUUCGGGCUGUCAAUAGCACAGCUGAUCGAUGUGGAUGAGAAGAACCAAAUGAUGACCACAAACGUUUGGCUGAAGCAGGAGUGGAGUGACUACAAGCUGCGCUGGAACCCAGAGGACUUUGACAAUGUCACCUCCAUCAGGGUGCCCUCUGAGAUGAUCUGGAUCCCCGACAUCGUGCUCUACAACAAUGCCGACGGGGAGUUUGCUGUGACACACAUGACAAAGGCCCACCUCUUCUCCAAUGGGAAAGUGAAGUGGGUGCCACCCGCCAUCUACAAGAGCUCGUGCAGCAUUGAUGUCACCUACUUCCCCUUCGACCAGCAGAACUGCAAGAUGAAGUUUGGCUCCUGGACAUAUGACAAGGCCAAGAUCGACCUGGAGAACAUGGAACACCAUGUGGACCUCAAGGACUACUGGGAGAGUGGCGAGUGGGCCAUCAUAAACGCCAUUGGCAGGUACAACUCCAAGAAGUACGACUGCUGCACUGAGAUCUACCCAGACAUCACCUUCUACUUCGUCAUCCGCCGCCUCCCGCUCUUCUACACCAUCAACCUCAUCAUCCCCUGCCUGCUCAUCUCCUGCCUCACCGUGCUGGUCUUCUACCUGCCCUCCGACUGCGGUGAGAAGAUCACACUCUGCAUCUCCGUCCUUCUGUCCCUCACCGUCUUCCUGCUGCUCAUUACCGAAAUCAUCCCCUCCACCUCUCUGGUCAUCCCACUCAUUGGCGAGUAUCUCCUCUUCACCAUGAUCUUUGUCACGCUCUCCAUCAUCAUCACUGUUUUUGUCCUCAAUGUGCACCACCGCUCCCCCAGCACCCACACCAUGCCCCACUGGGUGCGUAGCUUCUUCCUGGGCUUCAUCCCCCGUUGGCUCUUCAUGAAGCGACCCCCGGUGCUGCUCCCUGCUGAGGGGACCACAGGCCAAUAUGACCCUCCGGGGACCAGGCUCAGCACCUCCCGCUGCUGGCUGGAGACCGAUGUGGAUGACAAGUGGGAGGAGGAGGAGGAGGAAGAAGAGGAAGAGGAGGAAGAGGAAGAGGAGGAGAAGACGUAUCCCAGCCGUGUGCCCUCAGGGGGAUCCCAGGGCACCCAGUGCCGCUACAGCUGUGGACGCCAAACGGGCAAAGCAUCAGGAGGCCCAGCUCCCCAGGUGCCCCUCAAGGGGGAGGAGGUGGGCUCUGAUCAAGGGCUGACACUGUCACCCAGCAUCCUGAGGGCCCUGGAGGGUGUGCAGUACAUCGCAGACCACCUGCGAGCAGAGGAUGCUGACUUCUCGGUGAAGGAGGACUGGAAGUACGUGGCCAUGGUGAUAGACCGCAUCUUCCUCUGGAUGUUCAUCAUCGUCUGCUUGCUGGGAACCGUGGGACUCUUCCUCCCACCCUACCUGGCAGGGAUGAUUUAGGGAUCAGGGGGUUAUGUGGGUACCUCUCACAGCAUCAUGACCAUGAAGGACCCUUGGGUGGGAGGUGCAGCGGUGGGGGGGGAAGCAAAAGGUGUGCUGGGAGUGCCCUACUUCUUGCUGUCCUGCUCAUGGUGGUGGCCAUCCUGACCUCAAGGAAAGCUCAGCACAGCCUCUCCACCAACCAAACGUGGAAUGGAGGCAUCUAGAAGAGGCAUCCACUUCCCUCAGCUGCUGCGGGUUCCAUCUGGAACCCAAGGGACAUGUCUGGUUGUGACUUCAAGAGAGGAUAACACAGCUGCUUCUGGAUGCAUCCUGCCUCAGGACCACAGCCAUCACAACGUGGGGCAGGACACAGUGCUUUGGGGUGUGGCAGCAGGAAGGGGCAGAAGUUCCUGCUCACGCUACACAGCUCAGGGGCUCUGCUCUUCUCCGCUCUGCAAAGCCCAGCAGCACAAGCGACCACACUGCACCAGCCCACGUGUGUGCUGGUGGGUUCGUCAGCACAGGCAUCCUGGGCAAAUCUUCCUCUUUGUCCCAUACCUGUGAUAAAAAGCAGACCCCAAACCCCCUCGCUCUGAUGACUGCUGCAAUCCAGCUUUAAUUUCUAUCUUCCAUGCACCCUAAAGGACACGUGCUUGCAAAGAUCUACUCUUAUCUGUGCCCUGAAGCCAGGCUUUCCCUGUGGGGCUUUUCCUCCAGGAGACCAACCCAGGAGCUGGAUGUGACCUGACGGGUUUCAGAAAACACUUUGUGCUAUCAGGAGUGAAAUGGGCUGGAAUAAAUGAUGCCACUGAGAAAAAUGCA